UCGGCUGUCAAGUGACGUAUGGUGCUGUCGUGGCGUUCGUUUUCAGAGAGAAAGAAAGUCCCGAGUUGGAUAGCCGCUGAAUUCCGCUAAUUCUACUGAUUCCUCAAUAAAAACCACCUUAAAAACCGACCAAGAUGUCCCGUCAACUGUUCGCCGUCUGCCUGAUUGCCGCCGUUUGUGCGUCCGGAGUAUAUGGAAGCUGCAAGGCCACCGUCAGCUCCUUCAGCACUCAGGAUGCCACGAUUCUGACCCAACUGGCCCAUGUGGGCGAGUUUACGCUGCAGUGCAGCGGAUCUGCUCCCUCUAGCCUGUUCGCCGAGUUCCCCUGCGGCAAGGUAGUGCCGGUGGCCAAAGUGGGCGACGACAAGUACCAGGUGAGCUGGGUGGAGGACAUCAAGCAGGGCAGCAGUGGCAAUGUCCAGGUCCGUCUCUUCGACGAGGAUGGCUAUGCCAACGUGCGCAAGGCACAGCGUGAUGGCGACAAGGUUUCCUCCGUGAAAUCCCUGCUGGACAUCUCCGUGCCCACCAAGGGCGCCUACAAGGGACCCUGGAUCAAGGCCGAGCUCCUGGCCGCUUUCUUGGUCGGCGGAUUCGCCUAUUUCGCCUUCACCACCAAGGGCAAGGUGCAGUCCUAAGAACGCGGAUGCCUUCGUCAUCGAUUCCUUGAAUGAAAUUCAUUCGCACUAAAAUCAUGUAGCAUCAAAUUGGCCGGGUCCCAGAGAUUUUUCCACAUUUUGUACACCUAAGCAUUGGAUCGCCUGCGCCGCCCCAAAAAUAAACAGAUCGAAAAAACCAA